CCAGGCUAAAUUUGUGCUCCUACGGGUCUUCUGCACUCCGAUUUUUAUUGUCAAUUCCCAGAUUCUAAAUAGAAAAUGAUAUCGAAAUCGUACGUCUUCGGUGCGAUUUUCUUGGUCUUUUUGGCGAUAGCACUAGACUCGUCUGUCGAGGGUAGAUAUUUGCCGACGAGAGCGAACGGGGACAGGAUAGAGAAGCUGAGGGAGCUCCUCAAAGAAGUGAGUAAAGUUUAUUCGCUGUUGGAGAGCGAAUUGGAGAAGGAGGAGAUGGGAGACGUGCCUAGGUGGCAUCCGGAAAGCAAGCUCUUCUACAAAAGGGAAGCCAUCAAAUCGGGCAAAGAAAAAGACCAGCAAUAAUAACACAAGAGGACUUCUGCAGACGAAAUAACGGCAACUGAAUAAAGCACCAAAACAAUUAUGUGUAUAUAAGAAUUUUUUUAGGAUCAGUGUAUCCGUUUUUAUUUGGCGACUCGAGAAAAUUCCACAAAAAAAGUCGUUAAUUGUUAACAAAUUUUAGCAAACUGAAAGAGUCAAUUUAAAAAUAGAGCAAUAUUAUAUAGAUGUAAAGAGUUUAUUUAAUGGAAUUUAUUUUUCGAUGUUGAUUAAAUGUAAUAUUAUGGGUAUUAGGAUACUUAUAAACUAUUCUGUAUGUGUCUUAUUAUGUGAGUUUGAAGGCUCACAACAAUAAAUUAUAUUAACAAAUUUAAUGUAAUUAUAUGUACUAUUGUUGCUUAAAUGAAUGCCUAAAAUUAGGAAUUAAAAAAACAAACAUUUUUGUUUAUACAGUGUGUUCGAUUUUAGCAUCCCUUAACGGACUCAAAAAAUAUACAAAAAUAAGAUUAUUUUUCUAUGUAGUAAUCUAAAUGAAAUCCAUUUAUUGUAACACAAGAUAUUAUAUGAAACACCCUGUAUAUUUCCAUCUUUCAGUGUGCCAAAAUUACGCAUUUAUGAGCAAUAUUUUCAAUUAACC